AACUCCCAGAGAUCUAAAGGCUAGAGACACAGAUACACAGGUAUAAAAGAACCACAGACUAAACCCAGGCUCAUACAGAGACCAAGACAUGAUGAAGCUGCUACUGCUGACCUUGGCUUUGGGGUGUGCAGCGGCUGUUCCAGUGGAGGAGAAUGGAGCGUUGGUGCAGGAAGUUUGCCAACCCCACUCCAGACCCUGGCAGGUCUACCUGUGGAACACUAAGGGGGGCUGGUAUGGGGAGGAAAGGUGUAGUGGUGCCCUCAUCAACGAGUGGUGGGUGCUUACCGCCUGGAACUGCUUUGUCGAACCUGGCCACACUAUGGUUUCUCUGGGGGAGCAUGACCUGACAGUGGAGGAAGGGACAGAGCAACAUGUCCGGGUGGCCAGAUAUGUGCAGCACGGGCCGUACGCACGAGGCCCCUCACACAGCCUGGCAAUGGUGAAGCUGGCAGAGCCUGCCCGGUUCACUCAGCAUGUCAUGCCCGUAGCCCUACCCACACGAUGCACUCAGCUCCACGAGAAGUGUCUGGUCAGCGGCUGGGGCUCCACCGUACCGGGACAGGACGAGCCCAAUCUAAUCCUGAAGUGUGAAACCCAGCGGGUCAUUGAUGACAAGAUGUGCCAGAUAGCCUUUCCCCUUUAUUGGAUUGAACAUGCAUUCUGUGCUAAAACCAUCAUCUCAACAGACAACUGCCUGUCUGACCAGGGCAGUACUGUGGUCUGUGGGGGUGAGCUACAGGGGUUGUUCUGGUCCAGUUCUUCUGACGUUGGUUUGUACACCCGCCUGUGCCUGUACCUUAACUGGAUCAGUGACAUCAUGAACACCCCUGAUCCUACACCUGAACCUGCGUGGACCACCGCAGCAGCAGCUACAACAUGGUGAUUGAAAAGAAAAACAAUAAAGUGAUAUGUACUGAAAUGUUCUGUU